AUGCCUCCAACCUACGAACCCAUCUACAUCUCUGACAGCAACCACGGCGAGGUGUUCAAAGACAUCGUCCGCACUUCACGACCCAUAACCCCAGACGACCUAAGCAACAUCAGGACCAUAUGCGAGACACUCAACGAUGAAGACACCAUACGGAUCAUGAACAUCGAGAGAUGGGCUCUCAAGUACAACCUGAACAUGUGGCGAGAGCGAGCAUCGCGUUGGAGCGACCGAGAAGCAAAAUAUGUCAUUGAGUGUUUGCGCUGGGACUACACGCAAAGCGAAUACAUCUACCAACUGGGUCGGGAGCACGAGCAGAAGCUGCAGGAGGAGGCUCUCGCAAAAGCAGCGGCUUCCGGCAAUGCAUCUCCUAUCGACGACGAUUAG